AUGGCAAAACCAAUUGUCCUCCAACUCGGCGAUGAUAUCCGCUGGAAUCAUGACCAACACAGCAAGUUCCAGGAUGUCUUCGAGAUCCGCCGGUCCUACAGUAUGUCUCGGCCGGAGUUUAUCCGAGCCCUGAAAGACCGUCAAUUCGGCGAUUUCUUUGCCAUUUACCGCCCAUUUUGGAAUACCGGAGGAGAGAUGGGAAACUGGGAUGAGGAGCUUAUCUCGCUACUGCCAGAUUCCUGCAAGGUAUAUGCCAGUGCCGGUGCUGGAUUUGAUUGGGUUGAUACUGCAGCUUUGGCAAAGAAGGGAGUUAUUUACUGCAAUGCUGCAGCAGCAUGCACAGAAUCCGUCGCCGACGCCGCAAUCUGGCUCAUAAUCUCAACAUUCCGCCUAUUCUCUUGGUCACACAUUGCCGCACGUGCCCUUGAUGCCGAUGCAUUUGUUGAUGCAAACCGCAAUCUGGCAAUGGUAUCACACAACCCCAACGGGCACACACUUGGAAUCAUUGGAUUUGGCCAGAUUGGACGGCGCACUGCCGAGAAAGCCUUUUUAGCCAUGAACAUGAAGAUUCACUAUCAUGACAUCGUGCAGAUGCCCGCACACCUGGAAGCCGUCUCGAAGGCAACAUACCACAAAAGCAUGGACAGCCUUCUCGCUGUUUCAGACUGCGUGAUGGUUGCUACGCCGUUUAGCGGGGAGACACUUCUCAAUGCAUCUCUACUGGCAAAGAUGAAGACCGGCUCGCGACUCAUUAACAUCGCUCGUGGCAAGUUGCUUGACGAGAAUGCCCUUGUUGAUGCUCUGAAGAGUGGUAAGCUCGCUGCUGCUGGGUUGGAUGUGCACUACGAUGAGCCACGUGUUAGCCCUGAGCUUGCAGGUAUGAAGAACGUUGAGAUGAUGGCACACAAUGCGGGUGCUUCGGUGGACUCACAUAUCGGUUUUGAGAGGUUGGGUAUGGAGAAUAUUCUUUCUUUUUAUCAGACUGGAAAGGCUGUCACUCCCGUUAAUGCACACCUAGUCGCUAAAGCGACAGGGUCAAAGCUAUAG